GUCAAUACAAAUCUAACAGUACUAAUAAUGACAAGGCUGAGCGGACGACCGGAUGGCUCACCGCCCACGAAAGCGUUGGGGACCCAACAAGCAGAUGGAUAGGCUCGGCUCAACGAGAAUGCUCUUGACUAUACGAAGAAAUAGCAGACAGCUUCAUCUCAUGCUUCUAACCUCUCCCUGCUUCUCCCUGCCGCUGAUUGCUGCUGGAAUCCUCUCUGCAUCGCCGGAACUGGCCCUUCGCCGUGGCUGAUUUCUCACACCACUGUACCCUGCGCCGCCUGGCCUCAUCAUAGCAUCAUCCAUCUCCACUGUACCGAGCCAUUCACUCCUCUCCCUUGCCCCAACCGCCGGCCUGUGGGACCUUGGCUGGGGUUAGCUUUUUUUCCCUCCUGCAGAGUAUAUAUUAUCUUUAUAUAAUCCUCCGUCCUUGUGUUUCUGCUGAGCUCUCCUCUCCAUCCCCCUCCCUCAACUACCUCACUCCUACACCCUUCCCAGAGUGUGUCGAAGCCGGAGGGCAGUCCCGCCAUGUCUGCCAAAUCCACAGAUGCUGCCCGUCCUCGGGUUGGUGACUCCAAGAAAGUCCAUAUCGCUGAUACCGCCAUCACCCGUUCCAACUGGUACAAGCAUGUCAACUGGUUGAACGUCACCCUCAUCCUCGGUAUCCCCUUGACUGGUUUGAUCCAGGCCAUCUGGGUCCCCUUGCAGCUGAAGACCGCCAUCUGGGCCGUCAUCUACUACUUCUGGACCGGUCUGGGCAUCACAGCAGGUUACCACCGGCUAUGGUCUCAUACCUCCUACUCCGCUACUCUUCCUCUUAAGAUCUGGCUCGCUCUGACCGGCGGUGGUGCUGUUGAAGGCUCCAUUCGCUGGUGGUCCCGCGACCACCGUGCCCAUCAUCGCUACACCGACACCGACAAGGACCCUUACUCUGUCCGCAAGGGCUUGAUCUACUCGCACAUCGGCUGGAUGGUCAUGAAGCAGAACCCCAAGCGCAUUGGCCGCACCGACAUCUCCGAUCUCAACGAGGACCCCAUUGUUGUCUGGCAGCACCGCAACUACCUCAAGGUUGCUCUUAGCAUGGGCCUUGCCGUACCAAUGCUCGUUGCCGGCCUGGGCUGGGGUGACUGGUGGGGUGGUUUCGUCUACGCUGGUAUCCUGCGUAUCUUCUUCGUUCAACAAGCUACCUUCUGCAUCAACUCGUUGGCUCACUGGAUCGGAGAGCAGCCCUUUGACGACCGCAACUCUCCUCGAGACCAUGCCAUCACUGCUCUUGCCACUCUGGGUGAGGGCUACCACAACUUCCACCACGAGUUCCCCUCAGAUUACCGUAACGCCAUCGAGUGGUACCAGUACGACCCGACCAAGUGGUUCAUCUGGCUGUGGAAGCAGGUUGGUCUGGCCUAUAACUUGAAACAGUUCCGCGCCAAUGAGAUCGAGAAGGGUCGUGUCCAGCAGCUGCAGAAGAAGCUGGAUCAGAGACGUUCCAAGCUCGACUGGGGUACUCCCCUCGACCAGCUGCCCGUCAUGGAAUGGGAAGACUAUGUCGAACAGGCCAAGAACGGCCGUGGCCUCAUUGCGAUUGCUGGUGUGGUCCACGACGUGACCGAUUUCAUCAAGGACCACCCCGGUGGCAAGGCUAUGAUCAACUCGGGCAUUGGCAAGGAUGCCACUGCCAUGUUCAACGGAGGAGUCUACUACCACUCCAAUGCCGCCCACAACCUGCUGUCGACCAUGCGUGUGGGUGUCAUCCGUGGUGGCUGCGAGGUUGAGGUCUGGAAACGUGCUCAGAAGGAAGGAACGGAAUACGUCCGGGAUGACACUGGCCAGCGCAUUGUCCGUGCUGGUGAGCAGGUCACGAAGAUCCCGGAGCCCAUUCCUACUGCCGAUGCGGCAUAGGCGAUCAAGCUGAAGCAAACUUUUCCUUGUUUCAGUCAUGUGAAUUUCCUCUUCUUCCCCCCCUGCCCCUUUAUUCUGUUUUUAUUUUCGUCCUCGCUGAGGGUUCCCCUUCGAAAGGGCAUGACGAUUACGUGGAAUCUGUUCAUAUUUUUCACAUCUCCCUUCCCACCUCGCUGGUCGCAUGUUGUAUCGCUGUGUAGCGUCCUUUUUUUUUACCUGGCGUAUUCCGGAGUUUCUGGCUUCUCUUGAGAUAUGUUGUGCCGUGCCGAAAUGGCCGGCCAGUACUGGACUGAUUCGUGGCUGGAGAUGCCACCAAAAAGAAAGAAACGGUAUCAGAAUCACUAGGAAUGAAUAGAUGACAUUGAUGGAUGCCCA